CCAAAUUUUAUUGUAUUGAGCAACGUUGACUCAACGUUAUCCAUUAGACUUGGUUCGUUUAGCUGUGAUAUAUCAGGAUAUUGGAAUUACUAUAACAACAAUGUCUUCAAGAUGGAUGGCUGUUUUACAACAGAGGCAAAGAGAUCUUGAGAAAACCAAUGCAACAUGUCAAAAAUGCCUACAAAAAGGUCAUUGGACAUACGAGUGUAAAAACAAGAGAAAAUAUGUUGAAAGAACGUCGAGAACUAAAGAAUUGAAUAAAUCUAUCAAAGAAAAUAAAAAGAAAGAAUUGAGAAAGACGAAACAGAAGCGAAGAAGGAAGAAUUCUACGGGAUCUUCAUCCACUAGUAGCACUAGUAGUUCAUCUUCGAGUUCCUCAAGUAGCAGCGAUUCCUCCUCAUCAAGCUCAGAUUCUAGCUCUUCAUCAUCGAGUGAUUCAGAGAAUGAAGGAGAUGCAGACAAAUCCUCAUCUGGAACUGAAGAUUCCUCCCCUGACAGUUCAUCAGAUGAUGAUAAUGCAAAAGUAAAAAUUGCUGUCGCACCAAAAGAUGAAAAAGCGAAAAAUAAGAAAGCCGAGUCAUCAUCUUCAAGUUCAAGCUCAUCUUCAGACAGCGACUGAAUAAAUUUGAACGAUCUUGAGAAAAAAAAUUUGAGACACGUCUUGCACACGAUGGCGCCAAAGAAGGGUGUCCAACUUCAAGUGUCUUUCAGGGGGAGAGGAAAGCCUAUAUGUGGCUUUAUCAUAUUUUUUUAUAUUAUAAAACUAUUGCUCAUCCUCAGACAGUGACUGAACAAAUUUGAACGAUUUCAAAAAAAUUUGGAAUGUGUCUUGCACACGAUGGCGCUAAAAAGAGUGUUCCAGUGCUCCAGGCAUCUCUCUGGGGGGGAGGGGAGCCCCAAAUACGGCUUCACCAGUCUUUAAAUCAUGAAUUUAUUGUUCUUCUUACUUUUUAUUAUUUGUAAUUCAUGUAUUAAAUAUUGUUCUUAUUGAAAUAUCAAGAGAUGAUUCAUUAGACGAAGUAGGAAAUGAUUCGUUCUAAAAGUCACAUAAAACUGACAUUUAUGACACAUGGAUAAUGCUAUUGCCCAUAUGUAACCUACCCAGAUCAGGCAUAUCCUAAUAUAGGUAUCAUAUACCAUCUACUGUACUGUUGGAUCUCAUCUCUAGAGUAAGAGCGUUACUUUCUGCAGAACAAAAUACUCUUUCGAACAAGUGGUCUUUCGCCCCAAUGCUCCAUGAAAUGGAAAAGCCUUGAUUUUAGUGAACAGUUUUUUAAUUAUUAGCUUCAUUUUGUCAUUAAUGCACUCACUACAAAUGCGCAGCGCUUAAAAUGAAUGGGCAGUUUCGGUAUCGCGCUGCCGCUAUACAUCCACACUUGUUUGCGGGCCUCCACUAUCAGCGAAGAUCCUGCGCUUGUUAUGGAUGGCAAUCAAGAAAACACAUCCAAUACCGACACAACAUCUCUACCUUUGCGAGGAAGAGAGAAGUCAAUAUGACUGAUAUAAUGCAUGUUCAAAACUGUUUACCUCUUAUUAUUUCUAUUUCAUUUAACAAACUUUGUUUUUAAUAAAAUAAUAAUUCAUUUUCCUUGAAAGUGUCGCAAUGAA